UUUGCAUUGCGAUCGGCGACCAUGAUUGACAGCGCGAUGGUCGGACGCUGGCUCCACGCCGCCUUCGGUGGCAAAGACUCCCUUUCCCGCGACGACCUCCUCUCGAUCGUGCUCAGCAUGCGGGCGGACAAGGAUGGCCCAUGGACGUUCGCGCCGGCCGGCGCCGUGCCCGAGGCGCACUGCAUGAUCGCGAGAACGCUGUCAAAGUACAGCAAGGCUCUCCCGCGGAACGAGCGACUCGCUGCGCUCGAGCAGCUUGCGGCGUUUGCUCGCGCCAGCCUCGACCUUGUGGACGCCACGACCACGACCCACACGCCGGCGCGGAUUUCCAAGAAGAGACCCAGCGACGAAUCUCAAGAGUUAAGCGCAAAGAAGGUCAAGACUGACGACGAUGGUCAAGGUGCGGAGAGCGCACUGCCACCCAAGGUGAGCGCUAGUGCAUUGCCGACAAUGAAAGACGACGCGUCUGGACCGUCGCCCGUGGCGAGCCGCGUCGAGACGGCAUGGCUCUUCACAGAGCACCGCCUGGGCGACGACAUGGAAGCGCCGACCCCUUCCGAGCGGUUUUUCAACGGCGAGGUCGGCGGCUUCAUUUUCAUGUGCGACCCCCAGACGAAGCGGCCGAUCGAGGACGAGCGCUACCCGCUGCGCAUGGACGUCGACACGGCGCGCACGGGGUUUCAAGCGGUGCGCGGGCUCCUGCCGCGGUGCGACCAAGCUCUGUCCAUGGUGAAUUCGUACCUGGACACGUUGACGGCGCUCAACAUCGCCGUGCCGCAACUAUACGGCCCGCUCGCCGUGGCCAUCGAGCUCGUACUUUUUGUCCUCAAGCACGCUGUGGGGUGGCAUGCCGGCAUGUCCGACGAAGAUCGCGACGUCAAGCUGCGUGCGAUCUUGGCCGAGAAGGACCCCGAGCGCAGCUUGGACAACGUGGUGCAGCAGCGUCACGAGCUCGGGUUUGUUUGGGUGCCAGCGCCUCAAGCCACGACGACCAACGAUGCCAACGCUGCCCCUCCCGGCUUAGGACGAUGUCGUGGACGGUCGCAUUGAUCUACACUGUCUGCGUCCUCCUAUCUGGUUUAGUGUAGCCGACGAGUGCUAGACGGUCGGAAGUACUAACUUGAAUUCAUUAGUUUAUGUUUUGAUCGGUGCCACA